AGAAACAAUGAAUAUCGAUUUCUAGUUCUGUCAUCCCUCCUUCCUUCCCACCCCCAACAUAAAAACAUCCUUAAUCCCCCCAAAAAAUUUUGAAAAACAAAACAUGGAAAAAAACACAAGAAAACGCGGUCUGAAAACCAAACAAACAAUCGAUUCACAACCAAACCCUAACCCAAUAACAACCACCACCACCACCCCCGCCGCCGACGUCGAAACAACCACCACCCGCCGUGUUUCAAAACGCCGGAAAAACGAAAAACCCAGUGACGUCACAACCAUUAAGUCACCCGACAGGAGGUCAUCAAGGUACAAGAAUGACCAUAGUACAAAUGUCGGUGACUAUGAUGAUGAUGAUGAUGACGUGGCAGGGAAUGUGGGAAAGGCAGUACCAUCAAUGGAUGCUGUUGUGAAAGUGUUUUGUGUUCAUACCGAGCCGAAUUUUUCGUUACCGUGGCAACGAAAACGACAGUAUAGUUCGAGUAGUAGUGGGUUUAUAAUAAGUGGGAGGAGAGUGUUGACGAAUGCGCAUUCGGUUGAGCAUUAUACGCAGGUUAAGGUUAAGAAACGCGGUUCGGAUACUAAGUAUUUGGCUACUGUUCUUGCUAUUGGGACCGAAUGCGAUAUUGCAAUGCUGACUGUGAGCGAUGAUGAAUUCUGGGAAGGAAUUUCACCCUUGGAGUUUGGAGACUUGCCUGCAUUGCAAGAUGCAGUUACUGUUGUUGGCUAUCCUAUUGGAGGAGACACAAUCUCGGUGACCAGUGGGGUUGUGUCUCGCAUAGAGAUUUUAUCUUAUGUUCAUGGAUCAACUGAGCUUCUCGGUUUGCAGAUCGAUGCUGCUAUAAACUCUGGUAAUUCUGGGGGCCCUGCCUUUAAUGAUAAGGGAAAGUGUGUCGGUAUUGCAUUUCAGUCUCUUAAACAUGAAGAUGCAGAGAACAUUGGUUACGUCAUACCAACCCCAGUUAUCAUGCAUUUUAUUAACGACUAUGAGAAGAAUGGAGAAUAUACAGGGUUCCCAAUUCUUGGAGUUGAGUGGCAAAAGAUGGAAAACCCAGAUCUGCGUAUGUCAAUGGGAAUGGGUAAUGAGCAUAAAGGUGUGCGUCUAAAAAGAAUCGAUCCUACUGCUCCGGCUUUUAAGGUCUUGAGUUCUUCUGACAUAAUCCUCAGCUUUGAUGGGGUUAAUGUUGCUAAUGAUGGAACAGUUCCCUUCAGGCAUGGAGAACGUAUCGGUUUCAGUUACCUUGUUUCACAAAAAUAUAGUGGUGAUAAAGUUUUUGUAAAAAUACUUCGUAAUUCAAAGAUACGUGAGUUCAACAUAGAACUUGCAACACAGACUCGACUGAUACCAGCGCACAUUGAAGGCAAGCCCCCCUCCUAUUACAUUAUUGGAGGACUUGUAUUUAGUGCUGUAUCUGUGCCAUAUUUACGUUCCGAGUAUGGAAAAGAUUAUGAUUUUGAUGCUCCAGUAAAGCUAUUGGAUAAACAUCUACAUGCCUUGGCAGAAUCUGUUGAUGAACAACUUGUUGUAAUUUCUCAGGUUCUUGUGGCUGACAUUAAUAUUGGGUAUGAAGAAAUAGUAAAUACGCAGGUUCUUGCCUUCAACAACAAGCCAGUCAAGAAUUUGAAAAGUUUGGCGGAUAUGGUGGAAAGCUGUAGUGAAGAAUUCUUGAAGUUUGACCUCGAAUAUCAACAGAUUGUUGUUCUGCGGACCGAGAUGGCGAAGAAAGCAACUCAAAAUAUCCUUUUAACACAUUGUAUACCAUCAGCCAUGUCUGAUGAUCUCAAGUCAUGAAGAGUGGGCUAGCAAGAAUCAGUAUAUCACAAAUAUUCUAUGAUGUAACUGCUUCCUCAUAGUAUUCUGGAUCCUAUCAAUUUCACAAAGACCGUUCUGCUUCAACAUGGAAUUAAUGAAGUCGACAACUGUAAUAUCUGGUAAGCAACAUGGGUGACUAAUCCUAGAUUCUGUGCUUUUCCAUUAUGAGUUUUGUUCCUAACAAAUUAUCAGAGGUAGCAAAUCCUUAACAGUUUUGAUGGUGUAUUACUUUUGACAUUAUUGUGUAACAGUUUAUUUUAUGCAUUGGAAAUUUUCAUUGGAA